AUGGGCUUACUCGAAACUAUUCUUUUCAUCCCUCCCGUCUAUGAUGAGACCCUCUCGGUCAAACAACUCACAUACAUUGGCAAGGGCACCACUCCAAACUUUACAUACAAGGAAAUUCCCCUCCCUAUCAAACCAAACAUGCUCAUGAUCCGCGUUCUCACUGCUUCUCUCAACGCUGUGGAUCUUCAGCUCAUGAAUACCCCGAUCAGCAUGACAGCCGCCCAACCCAAGGGAAUCGGCCGUGACUUUUGCGGCGUCAUUGAAGACGUUGGCAAGGAUCUUAAAGAAAAGUGGCGCGUCGGUGAUAAGGUCUGUGGCAUGUUCAUUCAUGUCAACGGCCAAGGUACCGUUGCAGACCAUGUUUAUAUCAACCCAGAUGUUGAUCGCAUCAUUAAGGUCCCCCCCAACCUCUCAGACGAAGAAGCUGCUGCUUUCCCACUCGUCCUUGGAACUGCCAUGCGCAGUUUGGCACAUGCAAAACUCGAUAAAAAUUCAUGGGUUUGCAUCCUGGGUGGCGCCACCUCUGUGGGACAAUGUGCCAUCCAGCUAGCUAAAAACUACUAUAACGUGGAGAAGGUCGUUGUCACUUGCUCUGCGGCCUCCUCUGAGCUUUGCAAGAAACUUGGUGCCGACAUUACAAUCGACUACCGCGCUGCUGCAAACAUUGGUGAUUCACUCAUGUACGUUCUCGGCCAAAAGAGUGUCGAGUCAAAUGAUUUUACCUACACCAACCAGCCCGGUGAAGACACUGCUCCACCUGGAGGCAAGCGUUUCCAACUUAUUUUCGACUGCGCCGGUGGCACAGACGUUGUCUUUAAAGCAUACCAGUUGCUGACCCCAACUAAGGAUGGAUCCGCCUAUGUCACAAUUGUUGGAGACUCCAAAACUUCUUCAGACAAGGCUGGCGGCCCCACAUCAUACUUUUAUAACACAGCUAUGGUUGGCCGUAAAUUUAUGAGUUCUACAGGUAUGUCAGGGGUUAACUACAUUGUGGAGUGGGUGGCUCCUGGUGAUUGGCUUGACAAGGCUUAUGAUCUUAUGCUGGAGCGUACAGUUACUGUCAAGAUUGAUUCUGUCUAUGACUGGAACGACUGGAAGUCAGCUAUUAAGAAGUUGGAGUCGCACAAGAACAAGGGCAAGAUUGUUCUUAAAGUGUCUAUUUAA